UUGACUUUGGUUAUUCAAUAUUUAUAAUAAUUGUUAAAUAGCCUUGUUUAAUUAUUUAAAUAUGCGUUAAAAUAAAUCAAUCUAGUAGUAUUCAAUAAAAUAGCGAGGGCUUUGUAUAAAGUAUAACAAUGAACUGCCUAUGGAGACAGAGUGUCCGAAAAUGUGGACGAUUGGCCUACAUCAAAAAUAAUGUUGUUAAUUUACCUGUAAAUUUUGUUAAAUUCUGUUCAUUUCAACAAUCUUUGCCAAAAAACCUUUAUCCGGCUCCAUGUGCAUAUUAUAACGUCAUACGACAUAAAUCUAAAAAGCAAAGAGACUAUGACUCGGAUGAAGAAGAAUUUGAUGAGGGUGAUCAAUCACUAUCGAAAGAUUCUAAAGUUAUGAAAAUUACUACAACAUCACUAAGGACUGAUGCUGUGCUUAAACUAGCUCAUGGAGUUGCAAGAAAUAAGAUAGAACAACUAUUCUUUGAAAGUAAAAUUAGAGUAAAUGGAAAAAAAAUACUUAAGAAGAGUAACCCGGUUAGGGUUGACUAUGAAAUAGAUGUUAUCAAAGGUUAUAGUCCUAAAAAUCCUAAUCACAUUAUAGUAUCUAGAAUUGAAGUUUUAGAUAUAGCUGCAAAAGAAGAAUCUAUUGUAGUAUCUGUUAGAAGGUUUAAAAAUUUGCUCAUAGAAAAUUAUGAAAAGGAUCCUUACAAAGCUAGUACACAAAGUGAUGAAUAAAAACAACAAAGGAUUUAAUCAGUUAAUAAUUGUAGAACAUUGAAACAUAAUUGUAUUUAUGUAAAAAUUACUAUAAGGACACUUGU